UUUAGCUUCUUGGACAGUCAAGUAGUGUACUUUAUGUUUUUGCUUUGUACUCAACCUCACUCCACACUCCUCACUCAACUCCAAAUGCCCACAUUGCCUAAACUCCCAACGGUCAGGUCAAUCUUCUUCUUUAGUUUAGCCUCACUUUAACUCCCACUUCUUCUCCUUGUUCUUAGAUCUUCCAUUUUCAGCUUCAACUCGAUGGAGAAACCUCUUGAACUAGCACGUUCCAAGGACCCAAAGGGCCGAGCAGCAAAAGCAGAGCUUCUUCAUUCCCUUCUCCAGUCUUCGACCAAACCGUUGUCUUCCUCUGACGUGGCAUCUCUGGUGUCAACUUGCCUUGACCUUCUCGACGACCCAUAUAACUUAAAGGCCUCUUUGGGAGCUCUACAGUGUUUAGCAUCUGCAGCCGUGCUCUCAGCUGACCAUUUGAAGCUACAUUUUGAUGGGGUUUUGCCUGCUGUUGUGGAGUGCUUAGGGGAUGACAAUCAGCCUUUACGUGAUGCAGCUAGAGGGUUGUUGCUGACUUUCAUGGAGGUUUCUUCUCCAACUAUCAUUGUUGACAAAGCUGGGCCUGUCACUUGGGUGCAUAACAACUGGAGAGUUCGUGAAGAGUUUGUGAGGAUAGUCACUUCUGCUGUCACUGUUUUUGCAUCGGCGGAGUUUAUGAAGGCUAUUCUUCCUCCUAUUUUACAGGUGUUGAAUGACUCAACUCAGAGCAUUAGAGAAGCUGCUAUGUUGUGCAUUGAGGAAAUGUAUAUGCAGUUUGGGCCUCAAUUUCGUGCUGAACUCCAGCAACACAAUCUUCCUUCAUCAGUGUUAGGAGAUGUUAAUAUCAGACUGGAGCAGAUAGAGCCGAAGGUUUGCAGUUCUGAUGGACUUGUGUGCCAUACUUCUCCUGAUGGUGUUGACUUGGUCAAGGUGAACCAAGCAGAGAGCAGUUCUAUGACAAAGAGUUCUGUUAAAGAGAUAUCUGUUUCUGGAGGAGAGAUUGACUUGAUAGAUAAACCAGUAGUUCCAGUUACUUUAUACUCUGAAAAGGAGCUGAUAAGAGAAAUGGAGAAGAUUGCAUGUAUGCUUAUGGCGGAAAAUGAUUGGUCUGUUCGAAUAGCUGCCAUGCAGCAAGUUCAAGCUCUUGUCAUUGGAGGUGCUGUUGAUUAUCUGUGCUUCCAUGCUCUCUUGAAGCAACUAGUUGCACCUCUUUGCACGCAGUUAUCUGAUCGAAGGUUGAGCAUUUUAAAGCAGGCCUGUCAUCUCUUAAGCUUCUUAUCGAAAGAGCUAUUGGGAGAUUUUGAGGCUUGUGCAGAAAUGUUUGUGCCGGUCCUUUUCAAACUGGUUGUUAUAACUGUUCUUGUAAUUGCUGAAUCUGCGGACACCUGCAUAAAAACAAUGCUGCGUAGUUGCAAAGUUUCCCGUGUGCUUCCUCAAAUAGUUGAUCAUGCAAAGCAUGACCGUAAUGCAGUUCUCCGUGCUAGAUGCUGUGAGUACUCGCUUCUGAUGCUAGAAUACUGGGCUGAUGCUCCGGAGAUACAGAGAUCAGCUGAUCUUUACGAGGAUCUCAUACAAUGCUGUAUAGCAGAUGCAAUGAGUGAGGUACGGUCAAAUGCUCGACAUUGCUACAGAAUGUUCAAGAAAACUUGGCCAGAACGUUCUCUGCAACUAUUUCAGUCCUUUGAUCCUGUCAUCCAAAGGAUUAUAAAUGAUGAAGAUGGGGGCACGCAAAGACGCCAUCCUUCUCCUUCAGUUCGAGGAAGGGACUUGCGUAAAUGCCAUAAGGCUUUUCAAGUAGCUACUUCUACAAAUUUAUCUGAACCUGGAACUUCUCUGCUUACCACAACCGAUAGGAGUAGGGCUGUACCUGUAGGUGUUCCUCUAUCCUCUGGCCCAUUUUCCUCAGAGGUAAAGUCACUCGGAAAUGGUACUGAAAGAAGUUUUGAGAACAUGCCACGUGCAAACAAACAGAGGGUGCCUGCCAUUCAAAACAUGCUUGCUGGUUUAGAUAUAUCUGAGGAACUCAAUUUUCAAAAGAAGCGAUUAGCUAGCUUGGAUUUAGGAGUUGACCCUCCUUCAGCUCGUGGCCUCCCAUUUCCCCCAGUUGUUACUGCUUCAGCUCUUGCUACAAAUGCUAUUUUCACUGAUUCAACUGCAUCAACCAUUAAAGCUGUUUCAUCUUUGAAUGCAGGGAAGCAAGCUUCUGAGAGACUGGGAGGUGGUUCUAUGGAAGAGCACACUGAUGACAGGUUUGCCAGAAAAUCAGUAAAUAAUCAUAUUGACAGACAGUAUGUAGACACAUCUUCCAAGGAUUCCAACUUUAGGAACUCUCAGGGCAAUACUAUUCCUAACUUCCAAAGGCCUCUUUUAAGAAAGAAUAUUUCUGGUCGAGUUUCUGGAAACAGCAGAAGCUGUCUCGAUGAUAAUCAGAUAUUACCUGGUGAAAUGUCAAACUAUUUGGAUGGUCCAGCAUCACUCCAGGAGGCUCUGGCAGAGGGUCUAAGUCCUAGUUCUAAUUGGUCUGCUAGGGUUGCUGCUUUUAAUUAUAUUAGAAGUCUGUUGCAGCAGGACCAAAAAGGUAUCCAAGAAGUUAUACAGAAUUUCGAGAAAGUCAUGAAGCUGUUUUUCCAACACUUAGAUGAUCCCCACCAUAAAGUUGGACACGCUGCUCUCUCAGCCCUUGCAGAUAUAAUUCCAGCUUGUAGAAAACCUUUUGAAAGUUACUUGGACAGAAUCUUACACCAUGUGUUUUCAAGAUUAAUUGAUCCCAAGCAGUUAGUUCGGCAGCUUUCUGUAAUGAAUUUGGAAGUUGUGAGCAAGGCCUAUGGCAUAGAUUCUCUUUUACCUGCUUUGCUUCGUGCAUUGGAUGAACAGAGAUCACCAAAGGCAAAACUGGCUGUUAUAGAAUAUGCUAUUGGUUCCUUCAAGAAAAAUGCUAUGAAUUCUGAAGGUGCUGCUAAUAGUGGCAUUCUAAAGCUGUGGCUUGCUAAAUUGAUACCUUUGGUCUAUGAUAAGAACACAAAACUGAAGGAAGCAGCCAUUUCUUGCAUUAUAUCUGUACAUACUCACUACGAUUCAAUCGGUGUUAUAAACUACAUCAUGUGCAUGUCAGUUGAAGAGCAAAAUUCUCUAAGGCGAGUUCUUAGGCUGCAAACUCCUCGAAUCGAAAUGGAUCUUAUGAACUUCUUGCAGAACAAGAGAGAGAGGCCACGUCCCAAAAACAUUUAUGAGCUAUCUGAUGUUGGGCUUUCUCCUGAUGCUGAAUAUACAGGUGCAUUGAAGAAAGCUAACUAUUUUGGAAGGUAUUCUUCUGGUUCUAGUGAUACCGAUAAUAGCAAGAAGUUGUUCACCAUGCAAGAACCAGUGCGAAUUUUAGAACCUAUUGCUCAAAAAGUAUCCAACGAAGCUGAUGAACAUUUACAUUGGAAUCUUGAAGGCAGCUCCAAUAAUGUAAUUAUUUGCAGUGCCACUGGUGCUGGUGAAAAGGCAGAAUCCCCUCUGAGCCACCCUGACAAUGUUGAUUAUGAAAAUAUUAUGGAUAAUUACUUGCCUUCAUCAUGUUUUGACACAAAUAUGGUGACAAGUUCUAAUCAUCCUGGAGUAAGCAGUUCCAAUGUUGAUAGUGACACUUUGGUUGAUGUCAAUCAUAGCAGUGAGAACUCCAUGAAUACUAAGUUUGGCUCUUCUCUAAAAUUGCGUAUCAGCAUUCCUCAAAUUCUUCACCAGAUUUCUAACAAUAAUGAGAGUGCAGCCAUUAGAAAGCAGGCACUUCAGCAACUCAUAGAGGCUUCCACAGAUACUAACUAUUCCAUAUGGACAAAGUAUUUCAAUCAGAUUUUGAAAGCUGUUCUUGAGGUGUUGGAUGAUCCUAACUCUUCAACCAGGGAAGUCACCUUGCAGUUAGUAACUGUAAUGGUGAACAAACAGAAAGAUGCAAUGGAAGAUUCUAUUGAAAUUGUAAUAGAAAAGUUACUUCAUAUUGCUAAGGAUGCAGUUUCCAAGGUUUCUAUUGAAGCAGAGAAAUGCUUAUCUAAUAUUUUAUCAGAAUAUGAUCCUUUCCGAUGUCUGAGUAUAACUGUACCCCUGUUAAUCGCUGGAGAUGAGAAAACUCUUAUUAUUUGCAUCAAGACAUUAACAAAGCUCGUUCGCCGGCUUUCUCAAGAGGAACUACUGGCUCAGCUUCCUUCGUUUUUACCAAUUCUUUUUGAUGCAUUCAGCAAUCAGAGUGCUGAAGUUCGCAAGACUGUUGUUUUCUGCCUGGUCGACAUUUAUGUCAUGCUCGGGAAGGCGUUCCUGCCAUACUUGCAGGAUCUCAACGGUGCCCAGUUGCGUCUAGUGACUAUUUAUGCCAACAGAAUUGCACAGGCCAGGAAAGGAACUUCUGUUGAAGCAAUCAAUGGCCAGCAGUUGGAAUCUGUGAACUAGGGUUUUGUACUCUUCAUUCAAUUAAUUUUAUUUGCAUUUUUGUACAUGUGUAUUGGUCUGCUUGUGCUUUCCAGUUGCAAUAGAAAGGUGAAAAUCUAGAAAUAGUGUGUAAUUUUUGUGAAUUGGAACAGGACUGGGGUUGACCUCUUUUCCUUCUAACACAAGAAAGUGUUCUCUGGCUUGACUCUAGCAUUGCUUUUGUAGUUUGUUGUGGAGUGCAAUAGAACUUGCAACUUAA